CGAGAAGAAGUCUGGCGGAUGGAGACCGAUCCUGGAUCUUCGCGGCCUCAACCGCCACCUGCGAAGACAGAAAUUCAAAAUGGUUACUUUGGGCUCCAUCAUCUCAGCACUACACAAAGUGGAUUGGUUUGCAUCCCUCAAUCUACAGGAUGCAUACUUCCAUAUUGCCGUCCAUCCAGCUCACAGGAGAUUUCUACACUUUACCGUGGGCAACGAUCAUUACCAAUACGCGGUGCUCCCCUUUGGCCUAUCCGCAGCCCCACGAGUGUUUUCGAAGACCCUGGCAGUCGUAGCUGCGUACCUUCGUCGAGCCGGCAUCACCAUCUUUCCUUAGCUCGACGACUGCCUCCUCACGGCCCCCUCGAUGCAAGAGGCCGAGACCACACUUACCACUACAAGAGGUAUCUUCGAGACUCUUGGACUAAUCAUCAAUCUACCAAAAUCUUCUCUGGUCCCGGCCCAGUCCAUCGAAUUCAUUGGAGCCAGACUGGAUUCUACAACCGCUAUGGCGUACCUACCCAUGGACAGAGCCCACGCCAUCCGAGACCUAUCGAGCGUCCUGCUUACUGCUCCGGCAGUCUCGUACCUUACCUGCCUGAAGCUGUUAGGCCACAUGGCCUCCACUACAUACGUCAUAGCGCACACUCGCCUUCGUAUGCGGUGCCUGCAACAUUGGCUUCUGGCAACCUACAGACCCGGUAUUACCAAUAUCAACAGGCUCACGCCUGUUCCUGCCCACGUCAGGGACUCGGUCGCAUAGUGGCUCCACCCUGUCAAUACUCUUGCUGGUGUCCCCUUCCGGGCUCAACCCCCGUCAAUCCAGCUUACCACGGAUGCAUCUCUUGUAAGCUGUGGAGCACAUAUACUACAACAUCGGGUUCAAGGCUUGUGGUCCCACCAGGAAUCCCUACUCCAUAUAAACUUCCUGGAGCUCAGAGCAGUUUUCAACGCUUGCCGCCACUUCGUCCACCAGAUCCAGGGAACCACACUACAGGUCCUUACGGACAACAUAUGCACUGUAUACUACAUCAAUCAACAGGGCGGAGCCAGAUCCAGGACCUUGUGUGCGGAAUCAGUGCGCUUUGGAACUGGGCGAUUCGCCACAGUAUCACACUCACAGCCUCCUAUCUCCCCGGCAAGGUCAAUACAAUUGCAGAUGCACUCAGCAGAUCCUUCCAAUCCCAACACGAAUGGGGACUCCUCAACUACAUAGCCCACGAUCUGUUUCAGUUAUGGGGCUACCCAGAAAUCGAUCUCUUUGCCACUCGUGACAACAAGAAAUGUCGCGCUUACUGCUCAAGAGCGGGCAUAGGCAGCCAAUCGAUAGGAGAUGCCUUCCUGCUCAAUUGGGGAACAUAUCUCCUAUACGCCUUUCCCCUGAUUCCACUGAUACCCCGAGUAAUAGGGAAAAUACUAUCCGACGCAGCGACAGUAAUCCUGGUGGCUCCCUUCUGGCCUCGCCAGACAUGGCUGACGCAACUCAUGCAGAUGUCGCUAUCCAGACCUCAACGACUUCCACAGCUGAGCAACUUGAUCUCGCAACAACGCGGCAAUCUUCUCCAUCCGAACAUCGACCGUUUGCAUCUGACAGCUUGGCUCCUAACUGGCUCCAAGGCCUAGAGCUAACCUGCUCCCAAGAAGUCAGAGACGUACUGGUACAAAGCAGACGUCACAGCACUCAGAGAUCUUACCUCUACAAGUGGCGUCGCUUCUAUACUUGGUGCCAAUCACAAACCAUCGAUCCUCUCAAAGCACGUAUCCAAUGCAUCCUAGACUAUAUACUCCAUUUACAUUCGCAAGGCUUGGCAGUCGCUUCCCUAAGAGUACAUUUGGUGGCGAUUUCGGCCUUCCACGCUCCGAUAGAGGGUUUUUCCGUCUUCUCUUCGUAAGUGGAUGAGAGGUUCUUUAAGGGUAUUUCCAAUCUCUACCCACCGCAUAGGCCUAUCUCGGAACCAUGGGACCUUACCCUCGUACUGGACACUCUUACCCGUCCACCAUUUGGACCACUCACAACUUGUGAUUUACAGACUCUCACUAUUAAAGUUGCCUUUCUCCUUGCGAUCACUUCAGCCCGACGAGUCUCCAAGCUCGCGGCACUCUCCGCCGAUCCUCCCUAUACAGUAUUCACUCAGCAGGGCGUCUCACUGAGAUGUCACCCAGCCUUCGUGCGAAAGGUUAAUUCGUCAUUCCACGUCAAUGAGCCUAUGGUCUUUCCUACCUUCUACCCCAAGCUACAUGCUACACCUGAGGAAGCCCGCUGGCAUACAUUAGACGUCAGAAGGGCGUUGGCAUUCUAUUUAGACAGAACACGUCCCUUCCGGAAGUCUCCAUGAUUACUAUUAUCAGUGGCAACCCGCUCUAAAGGUCAUCAACUGUCGUCACAACGUAUAUCGUCGCAUAUCGUUAACUGCAUCACUCGCUGCUACACCCUCAGGGGCAGGCCCCUACCCUGUCCACCAACAGCACACUCAACCAGGAGCAUGGCUGCCUCCACAGCAUUUUUAAAGAACGUCCUGCUACGUGACAUAUGCCGUGCAGCAACAUGGUCGUCCUCAUCCACGUUUGCUCGACAUUAUGCCCUUGACUGUCUCAAAGCUGCAGACAUAGCAGUAGCUCAGGCAGUUCUUUCUUCUGUGCACAGAUAAUUCCGAAGCACGACCAGCUGUUUG